AUGAACCAAACGACUAGAAAUGCGGAGAGAUUUUUGAGCCAGUUCUGUGCCGGGUAUCAAUGGAAGCCAGAGUACCAAGAGAUCAUGCCAUGCGUUGAUCAAUUCUCUGAUAUUACUUACAAAUACUGUUAUGAGAAAAAGGACUGGUCAGCAGAUGAUGUGAGGAAUAUGACUUGUGGAGAACAAAAAGAAAUGUUUGAAUGUGUUUUGGUGGAUCUUGGGAUGAGCUGUGGAGGACGGAAGACCACAUACCUUUUAGCCGAUCUGGCCCUAACCUUUUUCACGCCCCAAGAAAGAAUCCAGUACUGCAGAGACGCUAUCCUCCAGCUGCGCCCGCUCGCCGACUACUAUUGGAACCAGCUUGCGCUCCCAAAAGAAUUCAAUCGC